AACGCAUCAAUGACAUAUCAACAGACUUAACGUGUUAUUUGGUUUCAUGCGCUUUCAAAAAAUCAUUUAAGUAUUAUAAUGAUAGUGUUGCUAAAAUUAAUGCCACCGUUUGUAUUUUUGAACGAAUCACGCGAAUCGUAUGAUAACAAGGUGGAUGAUCGUGUAAUUUAUAUUAACGUACAUUUUCGUCAAAUUCUAAAAUAUGAAGUCGUAGUAAGUUUAUUUAAUAUUAUAAGUUACGGAUAUAUUUCUAAGUUCAAAAAAUAAGAUGAACAGUUUACAGACUUUAACUCCUUAUUAAACGGACAACAAUAAAUUCGAACAAAUGACAUUAUAUGGAUUUACCUUUACAGUCUUUGUUUAGAACAAUAUUGGUUGAGAAGAUCAAACUUCACGCUUAUGAUUUGUUGGUAAUAAUAUCACAAAACUUACAUUGACAUUUGUGGACCUGUAAACUUUAAUAAGAAAAGUGAUGAACAGGGAUUUCUUUUUCAUAUAUAAACAAAGCUAGUUAAUACACAGCCUUAUUAAAUGAAACUAUAAUAUUAUGAAAAUGACUGCCGUCGCACGACCAUUUACCCCGAAGGAAAGACCAAAAGAUUUUUACAAAAAGGGUUCAACGAUGACUUAUAAACAAGUUAUGGAGGACAGAGAAAAAUACAAUUUUCGGACUUCCGUUCGCCCAUCAUCGGCACCGAACAGAGAGUCGAGAGAAUAUCUCAAGUUUGUUUUACGAGAUCGUGUAGUCCCAACAUCAGCAAGAAGCAGAACACGGUUCGGACACGCAGCCACUUCGGAUAUGAUAUGCGAAGACAAUGUACUAAACAGCCAAGACCAUGGAAAAGAACCUAAAACUGACGAUAGAGACAUGUAUCAACUGGUGAAGGCGGCAAAGGAGGCGAAGACAUUUGAAGAGGAAGCGGAAUUCUUCCGGAAGCUCCAGCGCAACAUACAGGAAGCGGAAGUCAGUGACGGCGACCGGAAGGACGCGGCGCCCGUCUUCAACAAGCGUCUAUUCGCGUCGCAGGGCGCGGUGAUUAUCACGCGGGAGGCCAGACGCUUGAUGGAGCAAAACGUCGCGCUGAACGAGACCUGCGAUGUCACCAAAGCGCUUUCAAAAUCCGAACUACAGAGUCUCAGAUGUGUUGUUGAUGGGCUCAAGUUGAUUCACAAAGGGUUCGAUUUCGUAAAGGAUGUUUUGAGUAGAGUCAUGACUUACGAGGUAUACAACGCUUUUGAGCACGUGCAGACGAAAUCCUGGGAGGAGCAACUGGGCUGUUAUUACAUCUUGAACGGAGCCGUAGAAGUGACGUACGAUCUGAGGGCAACCGAGUCACGUAACGUCUACCAAGCCAACAUCAUAUACAGCCAUGGGACUGGCGAAUAUCUCGGUCUGGUAAGCCCGGAGGGCCCUACCGAAGAUCUCUCCCCACCCGCCACGAUCUACACGAAGGAGAUGACGCAGUUUAUCCGCAUCGACCGCCACCGCUUCCACGCGCUCAUGAGCCUUGCCAGAGAGAUGAUCAACAACCGGAAGUUGAGGUACAUCAGCAGCCACAGCUUCCUUAAGGACGUGUCGGAGGAGGUGAAGCAGAAAAUCCUGCAUAAAUUGACCAUACAGGAGUUCCCGGCAAACAAGGUGCUUCUAUCUCAGAAUGACGUCACAGAGAACCUAUUCGUCAUCAUGAAAGGUCGAUGUCAAACUUACCGCGAAGUGUUCAUACCGGAAGCAGAAAGAAAGGUCCUUUUCUACCUCACUAGCAGAGAGCAGGACGACUUUUUCGGGGAGGAAUGUGUCCUUGACGAGUUGCCAGCCAUCUGCACAGUGGUCACUGUAACUGCUUGCACGUGCAUGAAAGUUCACCGGUCCGCUCUGAAAAUGGUGAACAAAGAGAAGCUUGCCCGCUACAUAGACGAGGCGCGGCACGAGAAUCCGAGCGACCAGGAGCUGAGGGAUAGGGGCUACAAUGACCACAUCUGGAACCGCUACAAGCACGCGGAGAUCAAGGUCACACUCAAGGAGGGAGGCAAUCUGCGCUACCUCAGUCGGCCUCACAGCGCCAUGGUCCGGGAUCGGCAGCCCUCUGACAGUGAAAUGCACGAAGAAAACAUGCGACGUUUCCUUUUGAAAGGUUCACAGUUUUUGCCAGUCCGGGCGAAGUCCGCCUAUUGUCCGAGAAGCAACGGAAAUAUACGUCAGUCCCGUCGACCUAAGACGGCUUUUGUCGGACUUGUUACGGAAACUACCGAGGAUAAAACGGAAUCAUUCGAAAGCAAUGCUCAGGAUUCCGGACAAGAUGCGAUAGAUGUUGUGAAUGCGAUGAACGUCCCGGUCAAGCAGACAGAUUCAGCUCUGAUCUCCUUAGACAUGGCCAAGGACAUAGACCAAAGAGUGGAAAAGGUCCAUCGGAAAAGUAUAGUUCCCUUGCUACAGGCAAUGCAGUCGAAGGAGAGGCUAAUGGCGGCGCUUGACGAACAGAAUGACGUAGGGUCCGUAAUCAGUCAGGCAUGGCGGGCUGAGCAUGCGCAGGACGCACAAAACUUCAUGAGAAACGGUGUUAUGGUAACUAUGACCUCGGAAGAUAUCGUGCGGAAAGCCAAGGCCUUGGCGGACUCGUAUGCGGACUCAUGGAAGAAAAAUAAGGCCGUAAAUGAUGAGGAAUGGGACACGAUACUGCACGCGGAGAACAAGCAGGCGAAGAUGCUCAUCACCGCAAACAAGAUGCGCAUGAAGGACUUAAAGCGACGCCUGGCGGAAAUCCAGAAAAAACGGGAACGAGACCGGAAACGGAACGCUCCUAGGCAACACGGAGAAUUCUCCGAUACGGAGUCCGACUAGGAGUUCCGGUCAUAAUUAAAUGGCGGACUUGGUUGAUAGUCAUUUAUUGGAAUGUAAACUUUAGGCAUUUAGACAUGUGUUAUCGUAUACUAGUGUAAGGAUUAACAGUAUCAGCGAUUUCGAAAAUACAGUGUCUGUGGAAUCACAGAGAAGCUGUUGUCUUUGAAUGUGGUCAUUGGUGAAAUGCCUUUAUAAAUGUAAAGGUAAACAACGGGGCAGCAUUCCAACAUCUCAUUCAGGUGGGUGUAGGCGACAUAAUGGUGUCCGCCUAAUGACCGGCAGAUCAAGGGUUCAAUCGCCAAUUAUGAGGCUCUUUCAAGGACAACACAAGUGUGGACUGCUUAGACGAAACACGGACUUGAGCGUAUCUAAAAUAAGCUUUCGACUUGAGAUGCAAUUAGUUAACAAUAAAUGCGCUUUCUUCAAAAACUAAAGGAAAAGCUGAGCAAUAAGCUGAAAUACAUACAUGAUGCGAUGACGCCUGUUUUUGCACUAAAACGUACGGGACCAAAAUUACUUACUGUCGGGUGCAAUGCAAAUUUGUAUUUGCAGAAACGUGAAAGUAAAUUGUGUUUGCAUGGUGAUACACAAUUUUAUGAAUUUACCUUGUGCAAGAGAUACGUGUGAAUGUAAUUGUUCAGAAAAUGUGAAUCUCAAUUUUUGACUUUCUUUCAACGAUGCUUCUACCAUACGAAACUGUAAAUAAGUACGUAGAAACUUAUUCAACCUUAUCUGUAAAAAGUAUGCGAGAAUUGUUCUAAAUUUAUUCAGACUGACACUUGUUUCGCAAACAUGUAUGGGACUUGAUAAAAAUGAACGCGAUAUGUAAAUGCGCCUUUUCAAGUUUGUUAAAUCGACAAAAUAAAUACAAUUUGUUUCAGAUU